AUGUCAAUAAAUUUAAUUGAAUAUAUUGGUGUUAUUGGAUUUCAUCAUUCAUUAGGACAUAGAAUUGAAUUUCUUUAUCCAGAUUUAGAUGAAGAAAGUAAAAAACAAUACAAUUGGAAUUUAUUACCAUUCUAUGGUAUAGCAGAUGGCGUUCAUAAUAGUUUUGAAGAUUAUACAUUCUUUAUAAUGGAAGAGAUUAAUCCAACAACAUCACCUUCAAAAAAAUUAUAUGGUCUCAGUUAUUUUAAACAAAAAAAUAAAAGAGAUUUACCAAAACAAGCAAUUACACCUGAAGAUACUCGUUCAAGUAUUCAAAAAUCUGUUGUUAUUUUAAGUAAAUUUCCAAUUUUUAAUUCAUUUAAAACACAAUUAUCAAGUGCAACAAUAUGUUAUUUUAAUCAAGGUGAUUUUCAAAAUACAGACCUAUUAGUUACAUGGUUUCAUGCACAAAAUAAUGAAUUUAAAGAGAGAAAUAAUGAAAAAUUAGUAAUUAAUAAUAGUUUUGGUUAUCAAAUGAACCAAGUUUUAGAAAAUAAUAAUAAUAAUAAUAAGAAAUUAAUACCAAUUAAUUCAGAUUUUUUAUUUGGAUCAAUGUCAUUAAAAAAAUUAAUAAUGCAUUUUGGUAGAAAUAGUUUAGUAUUUUUUAAAUUGAUAAUGUUAGAGAGAGGUGUUGUGGUAUUUUGUCCACAACCUGUAUCACCAGUGUCUGAAGCAAUAAUGAGUGUAUUAUCAUUACAUUCCAAAUCAUAUGAUCUAUUAUUUAGUACAAAUCAAUCGAUUUCAAAUGAUUUUCAAAUUGAUUGGACCACAUCAACCUCUGAAGAGAUGGUGUUAAAUCAAUUGGGUUUACCAAUACCAUUGUUUAAUGAUGGUAAAGAUAAUAAUACCACCAAUAGUGAUGGUGAGAAAGUUUAUGGAAGUGGUGGUAUGAUUUUACAGCCUUAUCUACCAUUACAACAAAUCUCACUACUAUUACCACCCCAACAAGGUAGUGGUAAAACUUUUAAUGGAUUUUUAGUUGGUACAAGUAAUAGUUUAUUCUUAAAGAACCCACCUUCAACCGUUCAUGCAAUAGUUGAUAUACAAAAUGGUGAAAUUCAAUUCAAAGAUGAAUCAUUAAAUAGAAUUAUGGAAUUAACUUCUUCAGAUCGUAGAUUUAUUGAUAAUAUUUAUGAUAAAGUUGAAUUAUAUAAUAGAAAUAAUAGUAAUAACAACAACAACAACAACAACAACAACAACAACAACAACAACAAUGGUAAUAAUAGUGAUAAUGAUAAUGCAGUUUAUAAAGAAGGUUGUGAUAAAUGGAUUAGGGAUCAAUUUGAAAAUUAUAUAGUUUGUUUAUUAAGUUCAAUUUGUAGAUUUAUAAAGAUUGAAGAUGGAAAGAAUGUUUUAACAAAUAUGGAUCAAUUAGCACAAUAUAAUGAUAGUUGGAUACGUCGUUGGACAACUACUAAAAACUUUUAUCUUUGGAAAAAACAAAUGUUUCAAAAUUUACCAUUACCACAAUUAAACUAUCCAGUUCAUCCAUCUGGUCCACCUUCUGAUAUGUUGGAUAGAUUUCAAGAUAAAUUAACAACUUCAAUUAAAGAUUUACAACCAUUAACAAAUCAAUUCUCUCAAUUAUUUUCAUUUACUUCAACAUUUUUACGUAAUCAAAUUAAUAAUAAUAAUAAUAAUAGUAGCAAUAAUAAUAAUAAUAAUUUUGAUAAUAUCGAUGAUAAUGGUGAACAACAAAAACAACAAAUUUAUAAUACACAUAUUUUAAAGAGUAGUUAUAGUCAAGAAUUUUAUAGUAGUGGUGAUGAUAUUAACUCAACUAAUACUACAUGGAGUAAAGUUCAAGAGAAUGGUAUAAUUGCUGCAACCAAAGCUGUAUCUGCUGUCAAACCAUUGGUUAGUUCGAGUAAAACAAUGGCAAGACAAUUCUCUAACCAAUUAAUGAAUUACAUUGCUCCACAUCCUUCUUUAGAUAUUCCUCAACUAAAUCAAAAUGAUCAAGAUAAUUCAAUAUUUGAAUCACAAGCAAAUGAAUAUGAUUUCAUUGGAAAUUAUUAUAGUAAUAAUAAUAAUAAUAAUCAUAAUAAUAAUAAUAACAAUAGUAACAAUAAUAAUGAUGAUGAUAAUUAUAAUAAUAAUAAUAAUAAUAAUAAUAAUACUAAUAGUAAUAAUAAUAACAAUAAUUCAAAUGAUAAUAAUGGGACCUAUACAAUCGCACCAAUUACUACCACCUCUACCACCACAAAAUCAUCAUCAACUAAAAUUGUUGGAAUUAUUUCAACAAGUAAUGAUGAUAAUAAUGAUGAAAGUAUAAAUGGAAUAAGUAAUGAAAAGAAAUCAUACCAAUUACCAUCCGAUACUAGAGAUGAUGCGUAUGAACUUUAA